UCAGGGCCGGACCGUCCGCAAGCCUCAAUUUGGUUCCAAACACCAUGAUACCACCAAAUUUGGUGAUGGCUCGGAGGUCACAAUUGAAGGAUCCGACACCAUACUGUUCGAGGGAAAGAUCGGUGAGCACCUCUCGCUCAUGAGGGUGCACUUCAUCCUAAGGCUAACCACUAACAUCAUCCGCCUCGACUAGCUGCAACAUCCACACCAGGCACGACAUCCUUCGGAUCCGUGAUAUGACAAGGGUCAGCGUGUGAAGAUUGGGCGGUCGCUCUGUGUGAGUGCACGUGCCAGUAACAACGUGUGGCUAUGGCAUGAAUGCGACAACUACCUCUACAUCGAUGCCCUACACAAGCUCGACCAGCAGGGCGUGGUGCACGACUGCUCCAUGUCUAGCACGUUCACGAGCUCUGCGGCAACUGUGUCACCACUGAGGUAAAGAAGAGCUCGUUAUCGUCACAGGUGAAGUGAUGGGCGAAGGGGCUGCUGGACCCUGUGCGUCUCCAUCACGUCAGUGACACCUGAUAGUAAGCCGUAUCUCCUUCUGUUGGUUGAUGACUGGAGCAAGUACAUGUGGGUGACGUUGCUCGAUGUCAAGAGCGACACAUUCGCUGUUGUCAAAAAGUUUCAGGCAAAGGUAGAGGUGGAGAUAGGCUGGGUCUGGGUGUGAUGCGCACCGACAAUGAUGGUGAGUUUACCUGUGUUGAGUUCGAGGAGUACUACGCCAAACAUGGCGUCGAGCGACAACACACGAGGAGUACUGCGCCAAACACGACAUCGAGAGGUAGCAAACAACGUCGUACACGCCACGACAGCAACAGAACCAGGGGCGAAGCCAGACAACAAAGCCAUCAGGGUUGGCAUAUGAACAGUUUGUGUUUUGUGAUAUAUUUCACCAAAAGGAAUCAGGAUGGAGAGACUGCUCAUUUUGUGGGAAGCGCCUCCAUUGUGGGUGUGUUGCUUCAAAGAACUCUUAUGAUCUACUUGACAGUGGAGGAGUUCAUUGUGUCACUUGCAUGAAAAAUUCAUUAGCCCAGUCCGCUUCUGGUCAAGUGGUUCCAAAGCUUUUUCCAUCUCCAAUCAAUCUACGUUUUUUCGGUAAAAGUGACGAGUUAUUGUCAAGUAGAAAUUUUGAACAGCCACCCUCUCUUACAUUGGAUUCCAGAAAUGAUGAUAUUGCUUUUGUAAAUAAGAGCAAUCACCUGUUCAUGGUAAAAGGUAUAGAGGCUGGACAAAGCAGUAACAUCUUGAGACAAAAAGAGAUAGAGAAUGGUUCAAGGCAGAUUAAAUGGGAACAACCAACCCUUAGUUUUGGGGACAUGGGAAGGCCUUUCCUAACUAGGUCUCAAAGUGCAUUAGAGUCACCUCAAUGUACUCGAAGAGAUGACAAUAAGGAUCCAACUACAGAUAGCACAAGUGAGUCAUUUUCAGAAGCAUGUCUGAGCAUGAGCCUAGGUAUUGCAAACAAUGUAAACAGGAUGGAGGCUACUUCAACAGCGGAAAGGCCUGUGCUAUUGUCAACAACAGCCAUUGCUGAAGGAAGAGAACUUGCCACUACACUAUCUCCCUUUCAACACGCACAAAGGGCACGGCAUUUCCUGACCAGACCUCCAAGGAUUGGUGAAGGUGCUGCUUUUGAUCCAACAAGAGACAUGUUUCCACAUCUUCGUGUUGCUAGACCACCUGCUGAUGGAAGGGGACGCAAUCAAUUACUUCCUCGUUAUUGGCCAAGAAUAACAGACCAAGAGCUGCAACAGAUAUCUGGAGAUUCAAAUUCCACGAUUGUUCCAUUGUUUGAGAAGGUCCUGAGUGCGAGUGAUGCAGGCCGCAUAGGGCGCCUUGUUCUUCCAAAAGCUUGUGCUGAGGCAUAUUUCCCCCCAAUUUCCCAACCGGAAGGUCGCCCCUUGACAAUUCAAGAUGCAAGAGGAAAAGAAUGGCAUUUUCAGUUUAGGUUUUGGCCAAAUAAUAACAGCAGAAUGUAUGUCUUGGAGGGUGUUACACCAUGCAUACAGUCUUUGCAAUUACAAGCUGGCGAUACAGUGACCUUUAGUCGUAUAGAUCCUGGAGGGAAACUUGUUAUGGGCUUUCGGAAGGCCACAAAUACUGUCAGUCUGCCAGACUCACAGAUCUCAGCUAUUGCAAAUGGUUCCCUUCUCAGUGAGACACUCUUUUCUACUGCAAAUGAGAACAUAGGUGUCGUAAGUGGUUAUCCUGGAUUUCUUCACUCAAUAAAGGGAGCCGCAGAUCUCCAUCCAAACUCUCUAUAUGAUCAUCAUAUGAACUUAGUUGAUGGGGAUGUCAGUUGGAAUAAGGCAGAUAAAUUUGGCAGCAGGCCAGAUGAGGGAUCCUUGCAAUUUUUACAAAAACGUAGUCACAAUAUUGGUUCCAAAAGCAGGAGGUUCUUAAUCGAUGCUGAAGAUGCCAUGGAACUAAAGCUUACCUGGGAAGAGGCUCAAGAGUUGUUGCGCCCUGCUCCCACUGCAAAACCAACUGUUGUGAUGAUUGAGGACUAUGAAUUUGAAGAAUAUGAUGAACCCCCUGUCUUUGCAAAGAGAUCAAUUUUCACCAUCCGUGCAACAGGGGAACAAGAUCAGUGGAUUCAAUGUGACGACUGCUCAAAAUGGCGCCGGUUGCCUCUUAAUGUUAUUGUUGCGCCCAAAUGGACAUGCACCGACAACUCAUGGGACUCAAAAUGCUGCUCCUGCUCUGCGCCUGAAGAGUUGACCCCAAGAGAGUUGCAAAGUGUUCUGCAGCAGUAUGAAGAAAUGAGGAGGCGAAAGGGCAGUUAUGGUCUGAAGCUGAACGUCGCUGAAAUGGAUGCAUCCAGCCUUGAUGCUUUCGCCACCGCCGCAGUAUUUGGCGAAGUCGGGAACCAAGGCAGCGCCUCAGUGGCGACAACCACAAAGCACCCCCGACAUCGCCCUGGCUGCACAUGCAUCGUGUGCAUCCAGCCGCCCAGCGGCAAGGGCCCGAAGCACAGCCCCGCGUGCACCUGCAACGUGUGCAUGACGGUCAGGCGCCGGUUCAAGACGCUGAUGAUGAGGAAGAAGCAGCGGCAGUCGGAGCGCGAGGAGGCGGAGGCCGGCAAGAAGAUCGCAUGGGUGAACAGAGACGAGCCUGAGGGGAGCAGCCUGUCGAGAUCCCCGCAGACGCUUGACAGCACCCGAGACAACAGUGAUGUGACGGCGACCAUGUUGGACAAGGUGUCCGACGUGAACAAGCAGGGGCACAUCGACGUCGACCUCAACCUCCACCCUGCUGCCCCUGCCGUCCAGGCUGCGCAGCAGCAGCCCCGGCCGGUGAGCAUGAUGGGUCUCUUGGAAGUGGCGGGCCGGCCGCUUGACAACUACAUGAAGCAGAAUGGCCUGACGAGCCUGGUGGGGGAGCAAGGUGGUGGCAGCUCCAGCACGGCCACGGUCCCUCCUCCGGCUCUGGUGGAGAGUGAGGAGCGGACGUCCAACGAGGGCCUCGUCCCAUCAGCAUCGGCAGAGCGGGAACCGAACGCCAUGGCCGUCGACGAGGCUGGCGAGAACCAGCAGGACAAGGCUGCCGACGACGACGACGACGCCGUCGCUGCCGCCGCUACUUGACGUGAUUUUUUUUCAUGGAGCUGCUUCUCCUGGAGGCUGGGAGUAACUUACGUGUACGUAUGAGGCUUGUGUUGGUUGGUGUUGUAAUCUGACGCUUAAACAUUGGCUUCAAUAACUCAUACAGAGUGAGAACCUGAAAGUAUCAGUCUAGAGCAAGUUCUUUUUACUGGUGCUGAAAGUAUCAGUCUUGCGCAACCCAAAAGGAGGAAACAAAAAUUUUAGACCCUCCAAAAUUGUACUCCCCUUUGGUAUGUACAAUCUGAAGUGGUAACAAAAAUGCACUACUUUUUUCUAA